AUGGAAAAUCAUGCAACUUUCAACGUUCUCAUGCUCCCAUGGCUGGCUCAUGGACAUGUCUCUCCUUACUUGGAACUAGCCAAGAAACUCACCGCCAGAAACUUCAAUGUUUACCUGUGCUCUUCCCCGGCUACCCUCAGUUCUGUGAGAUCAAAAUUGACUGAAAAGUUUUCUCAGUCAAUUCAUCUUGUUGAACUCCAUCUUCCCAAGUUGCCAGAACUUCCUGCUGAGUAUCAUACCACCAACGGCCUCCCACCCCAUCUGAUGCCCACCCUCAAGGACGCUUUUGACAUGGCUGAACCAAACUUUUGCAACGUGUUGAAAAGUUUGAAGCCUGACUUGCUUAUUUACGAUCUUCUUCAGCCAUGGGCUCCAGAGGCUGCCUCAGCCUUUAAUAUCCCGGCUGUUGUGUUUAUCAGCAGUAGCGCCACCAUGACUUCUUUUGGGCUGCACUUCUUCAAGAAUCCAGGUACGAAGUACCCUUAUGGUAACACAAUCUUUUAUCGCGAUUAUGAAUCCGUUUUUGUUGAGAACUUGAAAAGGCGUGACCGUGAUACAUAUCGCGUUGUUAAUUGCAUGGAGCGAUCUUCUAAGAUUAUUCUGAUCAAGGGUUUUAAGGAGAUUGAAGGGAAAUAUUUCGAUUAUUUUUCUUGCUUAACUGGCAAGAAAGUUGUACCCGUUGGCCCUCUUGUCCAAGACCCUGUACUAGACGAUGAAGAUUGUAGAAUUAUGCAAUGGCUAAACAAAAAAGAAAAGGGUUCAACCGUUUUUGUUUCCUUUGGGAGUGAGUAUUUUCUCUCGAAGGAAGAUAUGGAAGAGAUUGCCCACGGUUUAGAGCUUAGCAAUGUAGAUUUUAUAUGGGUUGUGAGGUUUCCUAAAGGAGAAAACAUUGUGAUUGAAGAAACUUUGCCAAAAGGAUUUUUCGAGAGGGUUGGGGAGAGGGGACUCGUUGUCAAUGGAUGGGCUCCGCAAGCAAAAAUUUUGACCCAUCCUAACGUUGGUGGCUUCGUGAGUCAUUGUGGUUGGAAUUCUGUGAUGGAGAGCAUGAAAUUUGGCUUGCCAAUAAUAGCCAUGCCUAUGCACCUUGACCAACCUAUUAAUGCUCGAUUGAUUGAAGAAGUUGGCGCAGGGGUGGAGGUUUUGAGAGACUCGAAGGGAAAGCUUCACAGGGAAAGAAUGGCAGAAACAAUUAACAAAGUCACGAAGGAGGCAAGUGGAGAAUCCGUGAGGAAAAAGGCGAGAGAGUUGCAAGAGAAAUUGGAGUUGAAAGGAGACGAAGAGAUCGAUGAUGUCGUGAAGGAGCUGGUUCAACUUUGUGCAACAAAGAAUAAGAGAAAUGGUUUGCACUACAAUUAG